CAUUUUUUCUUUCUUGGAUCAGGAAUCAGAAGUAAAGCAGGGGCGGAUUAUACUGUGACUGUGCCUCCUUCUGUCUCCGUGCAGCGUGGUUUCGCUGUUUACAUUCCUUGCCAGUUCACUUAUAAAAAGGAAUACAGUUUCCACUCUCCAAAUGUAUUUGCUUAUUGGUUUAAGGUUCAUCCAGAACUUUCCUUCUGUCCUGGAUAUGAUCAAACCUGCAUUCGAGGCGUUCUUGUAGCUACCAGUGACAAAUAUCAGACAGUCGUCAGUUCAGCCAAGAAUCGCUUCUAUGUGAUAGGAGAAGUAGGAAAUCAAGGAAAUUGUUCGCUCAUCAUCCUGAAUGCCCAAAUAGAAGAUGAAGGGCAAUAUUACUUGAGAAUUGAGGGAAAUAAUCAAAUAAAAUUCUCUUUUGUCCAAGAAAAGGGAUAUACUUCACCCUAUGUUUAUGUGAUAGAACCAUCUCAGAAAGUCAACAUCACAGUGGACAUCACAAGCCCAGGAAAACAAGGCUCAUCUGUACAGCAAAGAGGAUUAGAUCAUGUUGUGGCCCAGGAAGGAGACACUGUCCAACUGCUCUGUACUUCUGAUGGUAGACCACAUCCCAACCUAUCCUGGAUGAAGGGGAACCAGAAAAUCGGUCAACCCAGGAACAGCAUGCAGAACAACCUUCAGCUGAGCAGAAUUGGACCAGAGGAUGCUGGAGAAUAUCAGUGCCUUGCAAAUAAUCAGUAUGGCUCAGUCAAGGCGAUGGUUGAAGUGAUUGUCCAGUAUCGUCCAAGGACACUGAUUUUCAAGGUCUCUCAAACUCACAGGAAAGGCUCCACACUCACUCAAGGUUGCUCCAGGGAUCUGGCCAAUACGUCUCUGUUGCUAGCCCAAGAAGGUGAUUCCCUGAGACUGUUCUGCACGGUGGAUAGCAAUCCUCCAGCCACAACUAGUUGGAUGAAAGGUGGUAGCCGCUUGCAGAACCCUCCAGAUAACCAGUUGGAAUUGACCAAUCUGACAGUUGAAGAUGAGGGUGCUUAUGCGUGUGAAGCUAAAAACUUGCUAGGCUUUGUUCAGGGGAUCUUCCAGCUCUCCGUGGCAUAUGCCCCCAAGCUCAGCAGAAGCCCCCAGCAUAAUACAACAUGUCGUUAUCACAACAAUGGUUUCCUGUGCAGUUGUUCCCUGCAUGCUCAGCCUCCUCCCCACAUCGAGUGGGAGGUGGAUGGGGAGAGGAUAACCGAGAAGAGCAGCAGAAGAGGAAACCUGGUAACCCAAACUUUGAUCCGGAAUGAGGUCACCAGUACCUUAAACUGGACUGGCAGCCUGGAUAGAGCUCAUAACAUUAUCUGCUUAGGGAACAAUUCUUAUGGAAUCCAUACCAUGCAAUUCCUGCUGAAUGAUUUGGGAGACCCAACUUCAGAAUCUUCCACAGGAAGAUCUAAUACAGCUUUGUUCAUUGCUGGGCUAUGUGGAGUUUUGCUGGGAGCUGGAAUCUUCAUGCUGUGCUUAUUCCUGAUCAGAAUUUAUAAGCAGAAGGAAGCAUUGUCAAAAGCAGAUCCUGUCGAAGGGACCAUUUUUGGAAUAGGACAUCAUGAGAGACCCAAGAAUCCCAGCCAGAUCUACAGCAACAUCUUCCCUAGGGGUCCAAGAUUACCCCAGAAUGAUCAGCCAAAAGCUGCUGGAGAAAGCAAGUCAAAACCAGCCCAGGUUUCUAGUAUUCCAAGUCCAAGGAGUGCUGAGCCAGAUGAAUUGCAGUAUGCUGCCCUAGAGUUCAAGCUGAAAAGCAAAGGAGUUUCAGUCUCAAGUGAUAACCAUGUGGAAUAUUCAGCAAUCCAAAGAAAACCAAGUCCUUGAAAGUGAUCAUUGGGCUUUGAAGAAGCAGGAGAAAAAGAGGAUUGACAUUUUUGAACUUUGGUGCUGGAGAAGACUCCUGAGGAUACCAUGGAUAGCCAAGAAAAUGAACAAAUGGAUCAUCAAACAACUCAACCUAGAGUUGUCAUUCAAGCCACAAGUGCCCAGGGUCAAAUUAUCUAUUUCAGACACAUUAUGAGAAGACUUAGCUCUCUGGAGAAGGCUGUUAUGCUGGGAAAGGUGGAAGGAAAGAGAAGAAGAGGAUGACCAGCAGCAAGGGGGAGGGACUCAGGUACAGUGGCAGUGGGGGCACUGUUGGAAGACCUGAAGGACCAAGUUAGGGACAGAUCAUCCUGGAGAAAGUCUACCUAUGUGGUUGCUAAGAAUCAACACUGACUUGUUGCCCCUUAAUCAAUCAGUCCUAAGAAACAGCACGGUGUAAUAAGGAUAGGGCUACUAGAUCAGAACUGCAAUAAUCUAGAUGACUACUAGAUAGUAGCAAAGAAUGUCAUGUCUUGUCUGCUGCCAUGU